GAGAAGGUACAAACUCUGUACAGGCAGCACCCGUGGACAGGAUCGAACCUGGGUCUCUGGUAACUCAGCGGGACAGGCAUCACCUCUGGAUAGAAGGAAUGGGUGGCAUUUAUGUUGAGAUCCUUCUUCAGUCUGAAGCAUCAGACCCAUUCCUUCUCUCCAGAGAUGCUGCUGUAUUGUGUGUCUGUCCAGAAUAGAUCAUUGUUACCUAGGACAAGCUGACAACGAAGCAUACAGAGAUAAAAUGCAAUCAAGGGGACUUCAAAAUGUCCAGUUGAACUGGACAUAAGUAUCAUUUUGUGUCGCAAGGAACCGCUGAUGCUGGUUUACACCUAAGAUAAGCACAAAAUGCUGGAGUGACUCAGCGGGACAGGCAGCAUCUCUGGAGAGAAGGAAUGAGUGACGUUUCGGGUCGAGACCCUUGAUGAGAUAAGACAGGCGGGGGACGGCCAAGGCUGAUGUUGAAACAUAAAUGUCGAUGCCAGCAUCUCAGGCAGUUGUGGAAAGGAGGGCGGUGUUGAAGUUUCCUUCCAGUGCAAGUCCAGCCCUGGUACCGCGCUCAUCUCAAAGCGCUGGGGAACGCGAGGGAACUUGCCGAGGAAACCUUUAGUCUGAGGAUUGAGCGCUUGAAAGCAACCAUUCAGCUAUGGAUGCGGGACUCACGCCGUGGGCUGGAUACCUUUACAUUUUGACCUGGUUGUUUACUGUGGCAGAUACAGUAUUGAUCAAAGCAGAACCGUCAGCUGUGGAAUUUGGACAUCCUUUGAUAGUGAACUGCAGUUCAUCUUGUGUAGCAACAAGGAUAUUCAUUGAAGGAACGAAAGGAUAUAAUGUAACAAAACAACCUCAAUGGGUGGCACAUUCUUACUCAACAAUUCUGAUGUGGUCUCUUCAAAUGUAUUGCACUGCGAUAUGCUCAUCUGGGGAAAGUGAUGCCCAGAAUACAAUAAUUCCUGUCUACAAUCGAGAGUUGAACAUUACUUCCCCUCCUGAAGUGUUGGAAAUUAAUACAACAUAUAGCCUGGAAUGCACUGGCCCCAGGGUCAAUCCUAUCAAUAAGCUAAUUCUCAAAUGGCAAAGAGGAAACAAGAUCAUCGAGACCAAUUCUACAGAAGAAAAUGGUAUCUCGCAUGAGGAUAAACGAUUAAGGAAUGUCUUACAAUUUACUGCAAGGACUACGGACGAUGGACAGGUUUACACCUGCGUGGCGGAAGUAGACCUAGGCUCCAACACCACUUUGCAAAUCACAAACUCCUCCGUGACCUUGCAAACCUACCGUGAACCUCGAAGCACAAUGAUAUCAGUAAAUAACCAAAGCUCCACAGAGUCUCCAGUGCAUGUGGCUAAUGGGGACAGCAUCACCUUAGUCUGUGACACACUGGGGAACCCAGAGCCAACAUUAAAAUGGGAAUACCCUGAAAGUACCAACAUUGCAAUCAAUUCUUCCGCAGUCCUCUAUAUUUCUGAAGCCACGAUGGAAAAUAAUGGAAUAUACAAAUGUACAGCUAGUAAUAAAUAUGGAGCUGAUGAGAACAAAGUGGAGAUCAAAGUGAAAGAUAAAUCGGCGAUCAUCAUAGGAGUAAGUGUAAUGGCACUGGCCACAGCAACCUUUGCAAGUGGGGCUGUUAUUUAUUACUUGUACCAAAAGGCUCAGAAAUCACAAGAAUACAAACUACGGAAUGCAAAGCCUCACAACAAUCCACAGGUGCUCAGCGGAUAGUAAAACCAGACAAUUAUCACUCUUAAAGGAAUAUGAAAUAUAAACUACCAAGAACAAAAUAGGGAAGCAGUUUGUGUUUAUUGGAAAUUAUCACUUGCCGAUCUCUCCAGACAUGAUUUUGAUGGGAAUUUGCACAAUUAUUCUUCCAUCUGUCUGCUUUAAAAGCCAACGAGAUAAAUUAUAAAGAUGUCUUAAAACUGAUAUCUUGGCUGCCUCUCCUCAAUCAUUAUUGCUGUAUGUUGCGAAAUGGUUAGAAUAAAUCAUUGUUUAGAGGGAUCAGCAGCAUCUCUGGUGACGUUUCGGGUCGAGACCCUUCUUCAGAAGUGUCACCCAUUCCUUCCUUCCAAAGAUGCUGCCUGUCCCACUGAGUUACUCCAGUAUUUUGUGUCUGUCUUUGGAGUAGACCAGCAUCUACAGUUCCUUCCAACAUAAAUAAUUGUUUCAUCUGUUUUGUUAUUGCACAAGUUUGUACAAGAUGCAGCUGUGGGAUUUAAUUCUGGAAUGUAAUAUUUAAGGAGCUCUCUAAUAACUGGAAUGGGAAAGUGUUGUUAACAUUCCCUAGAAGUAUUUUUCAAAACUGUAUUCUACUUUGAAGACUGCCUUCUUCAUAGACACUCACUUGGGGUGAGGGUUGGGGGAUGGAGAAUUGUUUCCUACCAUUGUAGAUGAGUCUCAUUGAAACUUACAGAAUAAUGAAAGGUAUAGAUAGAGUGGAUGUGGAAAGGAUGUUUCCACUGGUGGGAGAGCCUUGAACCAGAGGUCAUAGCCUCCGAAUUAAAGGGUGUUCUUUUAGAAAGGAGGUGAGGAGAAACUUCUUCAGUCAGAGGGUGGUGCAUCUUUGGAACACAUUGCCACAGAGGUCUGUGGCGGCCAAGUCAGUGGAUAUUUUUAAGGCAGAGCUAGACAAUUGUUUUUAUUAGAACAAAUUUCCACACAUCCUGUGCUUUCAUACGUCAUCGGUAUUGAUGAAUCAUGACCUUGGCGUUUCAACGCUUUCCAAAAUGUAUCUUAGAACUUAGGACAGUGCAGCACAGGAGCAGGCUCUUUAGUCCACAAUAUUUGUGCCAAACAUGAUGCCCAGUUAAACUGAUCUCAUCUGCUUGUACAUGGUCCAUAUCCCUGCAUUCCUUCCUCUUCCAUGUGUCUAUCUAAUAGCCUCUUAAUCGCCACUGUCAUAUCUGCUUUCACCACCACAAUACGUUCCAGGCCCCCACCACUCUUUGUGUAAAAAAUGUGCCCCGCACAUCUCCAUUAGGCUUCCCUCCUCUCACUUUAUAGCUACACCCUCUAGCGUUGGAUAUUUCCACCCUGGGAAAAAGGUUCUGCCUGUCUUCUUAAGUCAUGGGCCAUAGAAUCCAUGCAGUCAGUUGGGACGUUGCAUCAAGGAGGUUUAGAAUCUGUUUCCCUGUCUAUCUGGUAAUCUUUGCCUCUAACAGAGGCAUAAAGUGACCCUUCCAGGGCAUUGGCCAAACAAGUGACAUGAAGAAGGGUCUCGACCUGAAACGUCACCCAUUCCUUCCCUCCAGAGACGCUGCCUGUCCCGCUGAGUUACUCCAGCAUUUUGUGUCUAUCUUUGCUUUAGUUAUUGUCACAUGUACCGAGGUACAGUGAAAAGCUUUUGUUGUGUGCUGACCAUCAGCGGAAAUACAAUACAUGAUUACGAUCGAGCCAUUUACAGUGUACAGAUACAUGGUAAGAGAAUAACGUUUAGUGCAAGGCAAAGCCAGUAAAGUCCAAUCAAAGAUAGUCCGAGGGUCACAAAUGAGCAGUGCUGAACUACUAUCUACCUAAUUUGUGACCCUUGGACUAUCUUUGAUUGGACUUUACUGGCUUUACCUUGCACUAAACAUUGUUCUCUUAUCAUGUAUCUAUACACUGUAAAUGGCUCGAUUGUAAUCACGUAUUGUAUUUCCACUGACUGGAUAGCACACAACAAAAGCUUUUCACUGUACCUCGGUACAGUAAACAAAGUAAACAAAGAGUUUUGAUGAGGGCUACCAGCAAGUGUUCAGGAGAAGCAGUGCAACAAUUUACAAUCAGUUUUCUGGAUGACUUGUUUCCUAACUCGGUAAAUUUCCCCACGAACCACAAGAAUGCCCUCGGCUCUUCUCUCUGUGGCUCUUUGACCUUCCUUUAUUUUAACGUAUUACUUCCUUGCCUUUGACAUUUCAAACCGUAAUCUUCCUUUAAUCUAUCUCCUUCCUCCUUUAAUAUGUUUCUUUAAAAUUAUUCUGUGUCCUGUGACCGAAACAGAA